CCCGACAGCCCGAACCUCCAGGGUGACGGCCGCGGUCCGUGAUGGCGCUGCCGGGCGCGCUUGUCUGCUGCCUUCUGGCUGUCUGGUACCACCGCCCCGCCUUCGGGCUGCCCCUGGCGUCUGCCGGCUCCCGGACCCCUGCUCGGGCCGUAGGUCAGUUUUGGCACGUGACCGACUUACACUUAGAUCCUACUUACCACAUCACAGAUGACCACACAAAGGUGUGCUCUUCAUCCAAAGGUGCAAACGCCUCCAACCCUGGCCCUUUUGGAGAUGUUCUGUGUGAUUCUCCGUAUCCGCUUAUUAUGUCAGCAUUUGAUUUUAUUAAAAAUUCAGGACAAGAAGCAUCUUUCAUGAUAUGGACGGGGGAUAGUCCACCUCAUGUUCCAGUACAAGAACUCUCGACAGAAAUGGUCAUAAAUGUAAUUGCUAAUAUGACAACCACCAUCCAGAGUCUCUUUCCAAAUCUCCAGGUUUUCCCUGCACUGGGUAAUCAUGACUACUGGCCACAGGAUCAACUGCCAGUAGCCACCAGCAAAGUGUACAAUGCAGUUGCAAACCUUUGGAAACCAUGGCUAAAUGAAGAAGCUAUCAGUACCUUAAGGAAAGGUGGCUUUUAUUCACAGAAAGUUACCGCUAAUUCGAGUCUUAGAAUCAUCAGUCUAAACACAAACUUGUACUACAGCCCAAACAUUGUGACCCUGAACAAGACUGACCCAGCAAAUCAGUUUGAAUGGCUAGAAAAUACAUUGAACAGCUCUUGGCAAAAUAAGGAGAAGGUGUACCUCAUAGCACAUGUUCCGGUGGGGUAUCUACCCUUUUCAAGGAGCACCACGGCGAUGAGAGAAUACUAUAAUGAGAAAUUGAUAGAUAUUUUUAGAAAAUACAGUGAUAUCAUUGCAGGGCAAUUUUAUGGACAUACACACAGAGAUAGCAUUAUGGUUCUUUCAGAUAAAAAAGGAAGUCCAGUGAGUUCUUUAUUUGUGGCCCCUGCUGUUACUCCAGUGAAGAGUGUUCUAGAAAAGCAAACCAACAAUCCUGGUGUCAGACUAUUUCAGUAUGAUUCUCGUGAUUAUCAAUUACUGGAUAUGUUUCAGUAUUACCUGAACCUGACAGAGGCUAAUCUGAAGGGAGAAUCCAACUGGAAGCUGGAGUACAUCCUGACACAGGCCUAUGACAUUGAAGAUUUGCAGCCGAAAAGUUUAUAUGGUUUAGCUAGACAAUUUGCAGUCCUAGAAAGUAAGCAGUUUAUAAAAUACUACACUUACUUCUUUGUGAGUUAUGACAGCAGUGCAAUUUGUGAUGAGAAAUGUAAGACCUUUCAAAUUUGUGCAAUUAUGAAUCUUGAUCGUAUUUCCUACACAGGUUGUCUCCAACAAUUUUCACUGUAGCACAAUCACUAGUAUUUCAAAGUUUGUGUUCAUGGAAAAUGUAAUACUGCUCAGUUUUUGAAAUCAGUUGGUGCAAAUUGUUAUGUAAAUCUUUCUGAAUUACUAACAGGGAAGGAAGAACUUCUGUCUUUGCUUUAUUUUUUUACUAUACCCAAAUGUAAAUAUCUUUAGCAAUCAAAAUUUUUAUUAAAUUAAAUAUAUUUAAAGUACCUGUUAGUAGAAUGAUGUUUGGAUGUAAAUAUCCUAGCUUCCAUGUUACACAAUUAUAUCUAAUUUAUACUCUUGUUAAAACUGUCACCUGUCCAAUAAAGCAAAUGACUUCUAAUUAUGAUGGGUUAUUCUUAAUAUGAUAAUUUUCAGUCUCUUAAUUCACUCUUGUUAAACCUUUCCAUGUGUAAGUUCUAGCAAAAAAAAAAGGCUAGAAGUGUUUAAAUCUCAUGUGAAACUGAGGUUAAAGCUGUUUAUGUGUUCCAUCUACCGGUGGGAAAAUACCAGGGUCUAUUAGGGCCAUCUCCAAGUCUGGAAAACAUCACGGGACAUAUAUUGCCUGGUUGCCUUCACUCAGUGUAUGAAGGAGAGUCAUUGUUAAGAUGGCUAACUUUUUGCAAUGUCACCAGUUGUCUUUACUGUAACUACAGUGCUAGCACAGGGCCUAGGACCUAGAGCAGGCCUGGUACCUAGUAAAUACUUGUUGAAAUGAAUUGAAAUACAUGAAUAUUUCCCCAAGAAAAUAUGAUCAGAUGCAGUGGUGGCAUUUUCUUUGUCACAAUAGCCAAAGAAAGGAUAAAAUGAGCUUUUCAUUCCCCCAAUAGGAUUUUUUUUAGGAAUUCUGGCAGUGUAAUGAUUAGGAGAUCAGCUGCUAACCAAAAGGUUGGCAGUUUGAAUCCACCAGCUGCUGCCUGGAAGCACAAUGGCAGUUCCACUUUGUCCUAUAGGGUCACCAUGAGUCAGAAUCAACUUGACAGCAGCGGGUUUAAUAGGAUUAUUUUUAGGGCUUUCCCGUGGCCUAAGCUGUCCUCUGCUUCCCAGCUAACUUGGAGAGCUAAAGUAGAAGAAGAAACAAGGGCCAGGCUGAGGGAUAAAAGGGAGGAGAAAACUGCGUACCACAGUGUCUGGCUUGCUGGAGAGGACGCACAGUCAGCAACCUUGGGUCAGCCGGUGAGAGUGGACUCAUCAUCUUUG